UUAUAUUCUCAAAUCCCAAUAUUGCAUGCCGGUUUACACACAGAGACUCACAAUUCUCUAUGAACUCGAAACCCUUUUCUCCAAUUCCCCCUUUUGAUUUUGAUGGUGCUUCGAUCAAUUAACACAGAGACAUACUGGUACCUAAUCUAUAUGCAUUUUGCAGUGAAUAGAAUAAGCUAGAUGGACAUUGGUCAGUUUUUUAAUGAUUAUGAACAUGUUGAAGCGGAUACAACCGCCGUUAAGUUGGAAACAAAUCAAGCCGGGGCCGCAUCCCAACAAAAACAAAACCAUAACGAAGAAAAUAGGAGCUCUACCGACACUAGUGUGCUCGAUCAAGGACAGUCACCAGUAGACGAUGCAAAUCUUUGCUCCACAUCACCAAUUUGCGCUGCUCCACUUUGUAGACAAUUUUGGAAAGCUGGGGCUUACAAUGAUGAGCUUACUCCUAAGUCCACAAUUAAAUCGGGUUCUAGUUAUCUGCAUAUACACCCGAAGUUCCUUCAUUCGAAUGCUACUUCUCAUAAAUGGGCAUUUGGUGCCAUAGCAGAGCUUAUUGACAAUGCUGUGGAUGAGAUACAAAAUGAUGCCAGAUAUGUAAUUAUAGAUAAAACAAUUAAUCCUAGAAAUGGAUGUCCGGCUUUGCUAAUCCAAGAUGAUGGGAGGGGGAUGGACCCGGAAGCAAUGCGUCAUUGUUUGAGUUUUGGGUUUUCAGAUAAGAAGUCGAAGUUUGCGAUUGGGAAGUAUGGAAAUGGUUUUAAGACCAGCACAAUGAGACUUGGAGCAGAUGUGAUCGUUUUCAGCCGUUACUUAACCGACAGGUCAUUAACCCAAAGUAUUGGUCUUUUAUCAUAUACAUUUUUAACCCAAGAAGGCUAUGACAGGAUAGUAGUCCCGAUGGUUCACUACGAGUUAAAUUUUGCGACUGGAACCUUUGAUCCUCUACAUGCUCAAAGUAACGAAAACCUAUCUGUCAUUUUGAAAUGGUCUCCAUAUUCAACAGAGGAGGAGCUACUGAAGCAAUUUGAUGAUGUUGGUUCUCAUGGCACGAAAAUCAUCAUAUACAAUUUAUGGCUUGACGAUGACGGUAAUAUGGAGCUUGAUUUUGAGUCAGAUCCUGAGGACAUCUGUAUUACAUGGGAUGGUAAAAGCAAAGCAAAAGAAGGUUCUCGUAAGGCAGCAACUGAUCAACACAUUGCUAAUCGCCUCUGUUGUUCUCUCCGUACGUACCUAUCGGUUUUGUACUUAAAAUUACCAGACACUUUUGCAAUGGUAUUGCGAGCCAAAGUAGUUCUUUAUCAUAAUAUUGCUACAGACCUGAAGCACCCAGAAUUUAUCAUGUAUAAACCCCAUAGUGACGGACGUGCUGAGGGUUUGGUGGUUACAACGAUAGGGUUUGACAAGAAUGCCCCAAAUGUAAACGUUCACGGUUUUAACAUCUACCACAAAAACCGGUUGAUACUGCCAUUUCAACAAGUUGUAGUUACGGCUUGUAGCCGAGGCAGAGGCGUUAUUGGUGUUCUUGAAGCAGAUUUUAUUGAACCAACUCACAAUAAACAAGAUUUCGAGAAAACUUCUCUUUUCCAAAAACUCAUGACCCGUCUGAAAGAAAUGACAUUGGAAUACUGGGAUUAUCAUUGUGAGCUGAUCGGGUAUCAACAAGGGCCUCAAUUCAGGAAAAAAGCUCGGGCCCAGUCCGUUGCACAGGAUUCGUCUAAUUCUAUCCAUCAGCACGUUGAAGGUCAAUCUGGUCAACCUAUUUCUAGGAAAGGUUCUUCUGAUGGUGGGCCCACUCAAAGAGCACCGUUUAUAGCUACAGUAAACAGCAAGGCUGCUCUCUAUUCUAGUUCCUCGUUUUAUAAACCAGUGGAACUAAAACAAAGCUUCCCGCCAGGUUACAAAGAAGGGUCAAAUUUAAAAAGGAAAUUGAGCGAUGAGUCUCAAAGUUUUCAGCCGAAGGCCAAGAUGGGGACCAGCGCGACUGAUUUGGGAAAUAAUGGUGGGAUGACAAACGUGAUGGAUGAAAACAAAAGGCUCAAAACCCGAUGCUUGGAGUUUGAGAAGGCAGAAGAAGAACUUAAGCACAAGGUUGAGCGGCUUAAAAGGGAACUGGGAGAUGCGAAAGCGGAGUAUGAUCGAUUGUUGACUGACUUGCAGGACCUGGAGGUUGUAAAGUGGGAAAAGAUUUGAUUUUUUGAACCGGGUAUUGUUGCACUUUGCCACCUGAUGACGUUCGAUCAUUAAGGUUCAUGCGUUGAGCAAACAGGAGUUCAACCAUGACAGGCAUUUUUUUGAUAGUUUUGACCGUUAUUUAGAAAACAACCAUGCGUUCACAUUCAAACCA